AAUCUGCAUUCACGGCAAACAAGACAUGAUUUUGUUAUUUGCCUUCACGUAAAAAGUGACGAACGAAAAUAUUUGUAAAUUAAGCAGAAAAUAUCGGGUAAAAUGUCCGCGUUUUCUGAAACGGCGCUUCUAAAAAAGCUGGGUGAAUUGAAUUCUAGUCAGCAAAGUAUACAGACGCUAUCGCUGUGGUUAAUACAUCAUCGCAAACACCAUGCGUCAAUUGUGAAAACUUGGCUGAAAGAGCUACAAACUGCGGUUUCAGAAGGCAAAAAGUUGACAUUCAUGUAUCUGGCCAAUGAUGUCAUACAAAAUAGCAAGAAAAAGGGUCCUGAAUAUGGUAAAGAAUUCGCACAAAUAUUACCCAAAGUUUUUCAACACAUCGGUGAAUCCUGUACAUCGGAUAAGCUCUUCGGUAGCCUUGGACGUAUUUUGAAUAUUUGGGAGGAGCGUGGUGUUUACGACACGAAACAAAUUACAGAAUAUCGUGCACGUUUAAAUAAAGAUCAUAAAGAUAAUAAUAAUGCAGCAGCAGCCAGUAGCAGCAGCAGCAGUAGUGCUACCGCCGCCACUGAACCAAACACAAACGGUAGUCAUGGUAGUGCCACAAAAGAAAAGUCUGAAAAGCGUGAAAAGCGUAAGCAUGAUGAAAGUAAAACAGCAAAAGUGAAACGUUCGCGACCAUCUACGGCAGCUGAAGAAAAACCAAGUGCUGGUCAAAAUGGUGAUGCUGAACAUUUGAGUCCAUAUUUGCCACUAGGUGAACCACCAGAGCCGGAAGAUUUGAUCAAAGCUUUGGCGAAUAUUGAAAAUUCCGCUUCAAGUGAUGCCGUAGUACGCGAACGUAUUGCCAACUUGCCACCCGAAAUAUCUGAGAUCAGUUGUCUAAGUAAACUGGAAGAUAAGGAUGCAGCUAAGGCAUUGGCUAAACAAGUUAACGAAGCUGUACAGUUGCUGAAUGAGUAUAAUACACGCCUCGCUGCCGAAAUGGAGGAGCGUACAAAGUUAGCUUCUAUGUUGCGAGAUUUCCAAGCUGAGCAAAAGGAACUUUUAGUUCAAGCUGAAAAACGUCUAGAGGAAUAUAAACAAAAGCUCAAUCGAAUGGUUGCCGUACAAAAGGAAAUUCGCGAUCAUCUAUCGAAUUUGCCAGAUCUAACGCAGUUACCGGAUGUGACUGGUGGCCUGGCGCCACUACCAUCAGCCGGCGAUCUCUUCAAUAUACAUUAAUAAUUAUUAUAAUUUAAAUGGUUUCCUUAAAUGUUAUGCAAAUUUAAUUAUUCUACUGGUAACUACAUAAAAAUCACUUAAUUAUAUAUAUUUAGACCAAAAAUUAUAAAAAAAAGAAAUAUUCUAGAAACAACAAAAUGUUGCAAAGUUUCCAUUAAAAUUUCUCAAUUAUUAGCGAUUAAAGCUUUUGGAAUAAAACUCGCUCGAUAUGGCUGAAAUAUGCAUAGAAACAAGUACAUAAGUAUGUACGUAUAUAUAAAA